AUGAACCCAAAGACACUUGCCUAUCUCGUUGUAUUCUUCGGCCUGACCGCAGCUGCGCCAGUACUCCCUUCUGGAAACGGCAGUGGUCUUCCUCCUCGCCCAACUGGCUCAGCAGAUAGUCAGCCACAUCGCCCUACUGGCAUCAGCGCACCAUCGGGACUGCCAGGAUCCUUCUCUGGCCUACCUCCGGCGUUCUCCGGGGUGCCACAGAGACCCAGUGGCUCACUUAGUGGUGUACCUCCUCCCCCUCCUUCGGGUACCCCCAUAAAGCCAACCGAUCUUGCAGCAAGAGCAUUUGAUACUUUCUCAGGAUCUCAGAUUCCUCCUAGACCUUCAGGAGCUGUGAGCGGACUACCUCCUGCUGGAUCAGGCACACCACCGCCUUUCUCUGGUUUGCCCCCCAGACCAUCUAACGCAAGUGGGGCUCCAGCCUCGGGCUUGCCUCCAUUCUCUGGCGCUCCCCCAAGGCCAUCAGGUGCGCCUACCGGCACUCCCCAAGGCAUUUCCGGCUUCCCACCAGCCCCUUCGGUACAGGCCCGCGCCGAGCCCAGUCUUCCAGCUGGAUCUUUUACAGGCCGCCCGCCCAAGCCAACCGGUAGCUUUAGUGGCCGCCCCCCUGCUCAAUCCGGAAAGCCUCAUGGUCGUCCACAAUCCGGCUCUCGACCCGCUCCUACCGGGCCACCACCUUCGGGUGCACCUCCUGCCCCGUCUGGAGCUCCAGAAUCACUCAUCCAAGCCCGUGCUGAGCCUAGUUUCCCAGCUAGCCCUCAAAGUGGACGCCCCCCGAGACCUUCCGGGGCAGCUUCGUUCUCGGGCGUUCCUCCUGCUUUCUCAGGCAAGCCCCCUGCCUUUUCUGGAGUCCCCUCAGGCUUCACGGGUCGCCCCACUGGCCUGCCGGCCCGUCCUACUGGCACGGCUAUACCCCUCACUCCGUCCCAGUUGGCGGGUGCUGCGUAA